AGGUCCUGCAGCAGACGACUCGCGGCGGGGCAGGGACCGCCGUGGAGGUGCUGCGGAGCAUCGUCUCCCAGGAGGGCGCCGCGGGGCUCUACCGCGGCGUGCUGGCGAUGAGCUACAAGACGAUCUUGUGGAACUCCCUCAUGAUGGCGUUCAAGGACAUGCUGGGUCCACGAAAGGAGCUCACGCCACCAGCAUCGCCAAUGCCAGCGCCGCGGCUGCCCCUGGUGCGGAUGCCGCUCAUGGCGCGCGAGCCCUUCCCGGCCGAGUUGCUAACGGCGGAGAAGCUCGACGAGAUCCUGCGGUACGUGCGGGGCUCUGGCGCGGAGGUCGGGAAUGUCGAGGCGCAUUCCCGCCGCCUCAGCACGCUGGAGAGCCGCGUGGAGGAGGCAACCGGCGAUAUACGCGAGGUCAAGAGCCUGUUGCAGCAGCUCGUCGGCGCCAGGAAUGGCGACGAGGCGGCCGCCGCGCCGCGGUGAUGCGCGCGCGCGCCGGCGCCCGCGGAGGCCGAGCGCCCUCGGGGCGCGCGGCGCGAUCCGGCGAUCCGCGCGCGUCUCCGCGCGCGCGCUCGGCGAGCCGCGGGCGCGCGCGCGUUCCUCGGCCGCCGAUCGCGCCGCCGCCGCGCCGGAGGCGCGCGCGCCCUCCGCGGAGGGCGGGCGCCUCCGCGACGGUCG